AUUUAUCUGAAUAAUAUAUCUGGAUAUCGCAGAUUCGCAAAAUUAUUUUUAUUCGUUUUUAUUUUCAAUCUCCUUCAGUUUUCAAAGAAGUGGAUCGAUUGACACGUGUCGUGAAUUAUCUCGUCAAUCCGUGUAUUUUGCAUCGGCCCUCUUUGGUGACGGUCGUGCCGGAGUAUUUUUGUAAAUUUCUCGUCAGCGCUGAUAAAAAAUGAGCGCGGCUGCGACUAGAGUGGGGUAGGUUAUUGAUUUCCGUGUAGGGGUGCUACGGCAGAGGGUUGGAUGGAUAGGCAGAAGUGGGUGGAGUAGAUGCUGUGUCGGGGUGUCUCUCGUUUCGCGCGUAUAUACCUGCGAGAGAGUCUACAGGGGGUAUAAAUAGAAGGGGUAGUUGCACCGUUGACCCAGUGUUGGGUUGACACACGGUCAGUUCAGUCACUCAAGGCAUCAUACACACAUCACUCUCUUUCUUUCUGUCUUUCUGUCUUUGUCGCGUCACACAAUCGCCGUUGUCUCCACCUUCUAUUCAUUUUUUUUAUCCGCGUGAAUUGUUGAAGGAGAGAAAAAGGAGAGGUCUCGCUCAAGUCCUCGUUGAUCCUCCAGGUCAAUCCAACGCAAACCUGAGCACUGCCCUUUCAUACCUGUUUGCUUCUUUCGAGCGAUACAAUUUUUUAUCCGAGGAAUCGUCGGACAACGAUACGACUGCAACCUGGUGCAUAAUCGUCAAGAGAGCUAUUCUUCGACGCUGAAAAAAUAAGAAACUGCGCUUGUACACACCGUGUUCAUCGUAAUUGUGUUCGUUACAUUUUUCAUGCGUAAGGGCGUAUUCCUUCCUCUGCUAUCGUCGGACGCACGGGUCACUCGAAUUUUCCCGACACAUCGUCGAGACACGGACCAACUAAUGUGCAACGAGAAUCAGGCCUUAGCAGCAGUCAGUUCUCUUCAAGAGAAUAAAUCCUUUCUGACUUAGACGGUUGCGCUUAAUUAUCGUUGGGCGUCGGGGAUUCCCAGUAUCGUGAUACCGAACUGAAACCGAACUGAAUUAAUCGUCAGCGAUUAGCAGAGUUAAAAUUUAUUAUCGUUCACCGAUUGUGCAGAAGAAAUAUGUCGGAAACAACCGGAGUCACGCAGGGGGUGGGCAAUCCUUACAAGAUAGUUGACCACACUAGGGAACGAAGAAAGGGCAUCACCGCCUCAUCGUUGAAGGAGUUGACUAACGUCGCACGUAAUCGACUGGCAUUCCCUGUGGAUGCGGAUCUGACGAUCGUGCUUGAACAGGAUGGAACAGAGGUAGACGACGAGGAAUAUUUUGCCACAUUAGAAAGAAACACAAGCUUGAUGGUGCUGCAUGGUGAUCAAAAAUGGGCCGCUGUAGGCAGCAGCAAGGCAGCGUCUCGUUGCAUCGUUGUGGAUAAUGUGGAUAAUGCCGAAGGUGGUUCGAAAGUCGACAAGAUUCGACGACGGCGAACGCUCAUCGAGCCUCUGGUUUCGUCGCUUCACAGCGACCCGUCGCACAUCUCGCUCUUGGGAGGAACCGAGUUGGAAACACUCAGUGAUAUGGAUCCUGAUAGUUUAGGCGACAUAGUGCCUGACAGACUCUUCCUCGAGCAGCUGAAGGAAGCUUCAGGUAGAUUCUUAGUGGAGAAACGGCAAGCGCAGGAAUCCAUGGCUCUCCUCCAGAUGUACGCGAGCGGUGGUGAGAUGGAGCGAGCGUAGGCCAUGUGGGGGGUGGGC